CGUGUAUCAUCUGGCUCAUCAUUAUGUAGUCGGCUAAAAUCAUAUGCUUUCAGCGAAUUUAGAGCUCAUAUUAUGAUAUCAAUUGUUGGCGAGCAAACUUUGUAUAUAAAGUCAUUGCACAUAGAGCUAAGGGGUCACUGAGCCUACAGCCUUUCAGUUCGAACAAUAACCCAAUCCGCAAAUCUCAAGAUGCUAGUACCAAAUCAAACUACGGAGAAGGUUGCGCAGUCGCGUUUCUACUUCCGACAGAUUUCCUUACAGCACAUUCGUAUACCCAAAAGUAUGGGCCGGAGACAAACCAUUAGCUUGCCACCCGGUGUAUGUGCGAUGAAGAUUAAUGGCUCGGACAAGCACUUCACAGUCAAACCGCUGGCAUUACAGUUAGAACUCAUGCUGGAGAAGAGGGAAUUGAGGUUGCAACUGGACAAAAUCAGGUCAUGGAUCAUGAAGAUACCGAGAGAGGGCGGUAGGGAGACAACUGGCAAGAUAUUCGCGCUGAUUAGGCCUUUUUUACCGGCUUUCUCUGCGAAGGAUAUCCAUGUACAUUUGUGCGAAGCUCAAGGAACUGGAAUUACCAGCAACACCGAGUUCUGCCGCUGGAUCGAAUUCAUAGAUCGCACGGUUGCACCGACGCACUGGAGUCCUUACUAUACCUACGGCACAGAUCGCAGGCCUAUGAAUAAAAUAGAGAAGAGUUACGCAAAGAUGGAAUAUCGGGACUGGCUAUACGACGUGCGAAGAUCAAAGGUAUCAGUAUGCACAAAUAUAGAUAUUGAAUAAAAACAAAUCC